GCUAGUUGAGUUCGUGUGCGCGUGCAGGAAGGCAAGGCGUGUUGUUGCGCGCGGCGCGAGUGGCUGGGUCGCAGCCCGUGUGCGGUGGUGUCUGUGAAAGUGCUCGGUGAAAGUUUCGGUGCGGCAACGUGGCGGCAAUGCAGUGUGCGCGCGCAACUCCCUUGGAUACUGGAAGACGGAAGACGUGAGAGACAAGGCGCUGCUAUGGAGCGGACUCGUCGACGACUUAAGCUGACGGACGUGAACGAGCAUCUCAUAUGCAUGCUGUGUAACGGCUACUUCGUGGACGCGACCACCAUCGUGGAGUGCCUUCACUCGUUUUGCCGGAGUUGCCUUAUCAAGUACCUCGAGAACAACAGCUACUGUCCCAUCUGCGAGGUGCAGAUCCACAAAGCCAAGCCGUUCCUCAACAUCAAGCCUGACGAGGCGCUUCAAGACAUCGUGUACAAGCUGGUGCCCGGCCUGUUCCACUCGGAGAUGAAGCGGCGCCGGGAGUUCUACUCCAAGCACCCCGAACAGCUGUCGCUGACGACUCCAGAGGAGAGAGGCGGCACUGUUGAGAGGAUCAUCUUCUCUCCCGACGAGAGCAUCAGCCUGUCGCUCGAGUACCUGGACCCGGAUCGCGAGAAGGACGAGUGGGAGAGCCUGUCCAGCAGGAGCUCUGAGAGCGGCGUCGACACCUGCGAGGCCUACAGCAAGCGCUACCUGCUGUGUCCCGCCCAAGUGACCGUUGCGCACCUCAAGAAGUUCCUGAGACUCAAGUACGAGCUGCGGCCCGAUCACGUGGUGGAGCUGGUGCACAGGAGAGAGAGCCUGAGUGACGAGUACACUCUCAUGGACAUCGCCUACAUCUACACGUGGAAGAGGAACAGCCCCAUGCGGUUCUUCUACCGCAUCUACAAGCCCUCGGCGGCGGCCGAGCAGGACGAGGAGCGACAGGCGGCCGGGAGACACGCGGCCAGGCCCGGCAGGCCGGCGCAGGCCGCAGACUCCUCGCUGGAGCCCAUGUUCACGGCCUUCAAGACCCCGUCUCUGCCGGCGCCUUCUAGCUGCGGCCCGCCGCGGCCCGCCGCCGACUGCCGCCAGGACAUGGAGGUGAGCUCCACCAGCUCCUCGCCCGCCUCGCCCGCCUCCCCCGCCUCCCCCGCCUCCGCGGCGGGCGACCUCGAGCCAUCGCCGGCGACCACCGCCCCUCAGUCGUCCUCCGCGGACCCUGCUUGUCUCCCGAGGCCGGCCGCGCACGACGGCGGCGAAGAAUCCUCGGCGACGACGGAAGGUGCGACGUGUGCGAACGGCGUCAGGCCGGAGAACCUGACCAACGGCAGAGCCCCGACGUCGGUGGACAGUUCCUUCGCGUGCGAGGGGAACCCGGCGGCGCAGACAUCCGUCCCCAAACAUGCCGUCACGAUCACGCCCGUCGUGGCCGUCAAGCUCCAGGCGUCGCCCGCGUGCGCCGGUGCUUGCUCGUCGCGCUCCGUCCCGGCCGAAGGCGCGCACGACGACUCCGAGACUGCGGCGGUUUCCAAAGGCAGGAGCGAACAUUCCCCCAAGGUCGGUAGAGCCUCGCCCGUCGCCGCGCGGCCGAACUGCGCCAGAGAAGAGACGGAGGCGGCGCCGCAGCUGCUCAACAAGCACCAGCAGGUGCUGAAGAAGAACGACGAGAUCGCCGCCAGCUCGGACCCGCUGUCGCUGGUGAGGCGCCAGCUGUGCAGCAGCGUGGGCGAGACGCUGCGCCGCAAGCUGCUGCAGCACGGCGAGGACCGGUGCUCGGCCAAGAAGCGGCGGCCCGGCAACCACGUGCAGGACGGCGCGAACUGCGUGGCGCGGGGCGGCCUGCUGGCCGCGGCGCCGCAGAAACGACUGCUGCCGCCGGCGCGCGAGGAGAACGGCAAGAGCUCGGCGAAGCGCGACAAGCGGCCGCCCGCGGCGGUGGCCGUGCCUGCGUCCAGGAGCCUGCUGCUGCCCGCGGCGACCAUCGCGGCGCGCGGCGUGACCUUGACCGCCGGCUGCCCCAAGGCCCGGCCCUGCGGCGACGACCCCCGGGCCCUGCCGCGCCUCAUCGAGAUCCACGCGCCCGCCGCGGGGCCCGACAAGCGCCCCCCGCGCACCCCCACCCCGGCCGUGGCCCGCGACUGCGAGGGCGCGCUCGACCUGUCCGCGGCGCCGCGGCGCGCCAGCACCAUCCUGUCCAUCGCGCAGACCCUGGCGCGCCGCCGCCAGCAGGCCGCCCCCGCGCCGCCCCCGCCCCCGCCGCCCCUGCGCGUGCCGCCGCCGCCCGCCGCCGCGCUCAUGUUCCGCCAGCAGCUGGAGCUGCAGCGCCUGUGGGGCGCGCCCGCCGCGUGGUACGGCGGCUCCGCCAAGCGCCUGGAGCAGCUGGUGCGCAGCCUGCCCCCGCGCUUCUUCCCCUUCGGGCCGGGCGCCACCGGAGCCACCGGCGCCACCGGAGCCACCGGCGCCACCGGCGCCACCAAGAAGCCCUGA